CAACAAGGCGGUUUCGAGCUUGGAUGGACGACAGAUGCAUGAACGAUGUUUGUUUUAGGUUAGAAUUAGAAUUUUCUCUUCAGUUCAGUGUCAGUGGUGAAGUGUUUGCAAUAAGAUUGUUUAAUUUCAUAUAGCAUAAUAUUUAAAAUGGCCGUGCCAAUUCAAUAUUUGUUUGGAAAUCUACUGUAAUCUGGAGUAGAAAUUCACACAAAUUUAUUCCUUGUAGUCACUUGAACUACUGUUCAAUCUUUGAAGAACACAAACAAUCAAUGCAAAGUUUGGAAUAAUUCAUUUUGUUCUAGAACUAUCGUUGUUACUUUUUAAUAUUUUAUUUUACUUUUCUAUUUUAUCUACAAAUUACUUGUAGUAACCUAGUUUAUAUAUUUUUAAUGCAAGUUAAUAAAAGUAAAAUGGAUCCUUUAGAAGAUUCAACGUUUCCUUUUAAAACAGUAGAAAAGGUUGGUGAAGGAACGUAUGGAGUUGUGUAUAAAGCUCUAAACAAGAAAACUGGACAAAUGGUUGCAUUGAAGAAAAUUCGUUUAGAAGGGGAACCAGAAGGGGUGCCUUCAACUGCGAUGAGAGAAAUAUCUUUGCUUAAAGAGCUUCAGCAUCCCAAUAUUGUGAGCCUGUACGAUGUAGUCCAUGUCGAGCACAAGUUAUAUCUGGUGUUUGAGUUCCUUCUCAAAGACUUGAAAAAGUUCAUGGAUAAUUGCGAAGAGGAUCUCCCUUUGAAACUUGUCAAGAGCUACAUGAAACAACUGCUGUCGGGCAUCUAUUUCUGUCACACACGGCGCAUCCUGCACAGAGACCUGAAGCCACAAAACCUGCUGCUGGACGCACAUGGCAACAUAAAACUGGCCGACUUUGGGCUGGCGCGCACUUUCGGCAUUCCUCUGCGAUCGUUCACACACGAGGUAGUCACCCUGUGGUACCGCGCGCCUGAGAUACUACUCGGAGCAAGUGUGUACACGGCCUCGCUCGAUUUGUGGAGUUUGGCAACCAUUUUCGCCGAAAUGUCGAAUCGCAAGCCUCUUUUUCCUGGAGACUCCGAGAUCGAUCAGAUAUUCAGGAUAUUCAGAACGAUGGGCACUCCUGAUGAAACGACUUGGCCCGGAGUAUCAAAGCUCAAGGAUUACAAGCCGCUAUUCCCCCGGUGGGACGCCCAGCAAAUCCCCAAAAUUGUUCCAAAACUCGACGAAUAUGGACGAGAUUUAUUCAUGAAAAUGAUAAAAUACGAUCCCAACCAAAGAAUCAGUGCCAAAUCUGCGUUGGCCCAUCCUUUCUUCGACAAUUGCGAGAAGUGUCCUCCCACCAUUGUCAAAACCAAGCCUGGCUGUUUCAAGAAUCCGUGAAAAGUGUUUUUCCUGGCCUUCAAUACCUCUCAACUAAUGGAGAUAUAUAAUAUAUAUUGGGACUAUCUUUGGAGCAACUACUAUUGAAAGUGUGAGUGUUCAUCUAGUGCUCUUUGUUGUCAAAUAAUUGACAGAGUUUUAUUGCUUUGGAUGUUUAUAUGUUUAUUGUAAGAUUAUGUUUAUAUCUAGAAUUGAAUAUAUGUUAUUCGUAUGUAGGCGUUUAGUAUAUGUAAGCUUGUAGACAGUUUAAAAAAAGGUUAACUUUGGUUCAAAUCAGUAGAAGUAGCUUAACAAACUUUGGUUUCAUCUGGAACAUUUCCCAAAGGAAUCCCAGUUUUCAUUCAAUUUUCGAUUCAAAAUAAACCAAGGUUCAACUCCAAGGUUUAAAUCAGUAGAAGUAGCUUAACAAACUUUGGUUUCAUCUGGAACAUUUCCCAAAGAAAUCCCAGUUUUCACCCAACUUUCAAUUCAAAUUAAACCGAGGUUUAACUUUGCUAGCAAGGUUCAACCUUGUAUUCUGAUUACCUUGGCUUAGAUUAGUAGAAGAAACUUUACCAAUCUUCGAUUUCAACUGGAAUUAAUUUCUCUACUUAAAUCCCAGUUUCCAUUUAACUAUCGAUUUAAAUAAUGGAAAGAUAAGUAGGAAUCGUAUUAGGACGUCUUAUGGUGCUACUGUAUUCCAUUAUUAGUCCCUAACUCUCUAGUUAUAUCUUCAGAAACUAUAAACUUUGAAAUCAUAAAGGACAACACAUUGGUCGCUUUCACACUUGCCGAUUGUCGGCUGUCAUACAGGAUUGUCCUCUGAUUGGCUGAAAAUCAGAGAGUUGAUGAGGAUUGGCCAAUUAGAGAACGACAAUUCUGAGUGUUGUCGGUUGACAAUCUGUAAGUGUAAAAACGGCCAUAACGUUUUAACUUUUUUGGGAAGUUUGUAGACAUGAAUUGAACUACCGAGACAUAAUUUGUCAUUCAUAAGAGACAGGCUCUCUGUAUUCUAUAACAUACUAUCUCGUUUCAAAAAUUUCGAAGUCAGAACGUUUCUGUUUAAGAAACUGAUGUGUCUCUGUUUAAGGAUGAUAGAAACUUUCUCUGUCUAAACAAGUAAAUGGAUUGUAUCCGUUGAAUAUUUUCUUAGUUUGGUUCUAAGACAAUAAUAAUUAAUAUUAUGAAUCUGAGAUUCUUUAUUAUUUGAAAUUCUAUAAACAGUUCGAAGUCAAAACGAUUUUGUGUUCAAGUUUCUCUGUUCAAUAUAAAGUAAAUAGAUGGAUUGUAUCCGUUGAAUAGUUCCUUAGUUUGGUCUCAAAACAUAAUUUUUGAUAGUAUGAAUCUGAGAUUAUUUAUUAUUUAAAAUUCUAUAAAUAGUUUGAAGUCAAAACGAUUUUGUGGUCAAGUUUCUUUGUUUAAUGUAAAUAAAUGGAUUGUAUCCGUUGAAUAUUUCUUAGUUUGGUAUCAAUACAUAAUUAUUGAUAGUAUGAACUCAUCUGGGAUUCUUCAUAAUUUGAAAUUCUAUAAUUCAACAUGCUUCAGAAAGGGGAUUCUUUGAAAAUCCUAGUCAUGAAACUGCAACCUGAUUUCAGAUUUUUGCAGGUUCCAAAUUUUCUAGUUUUCCCUUCAGUUUUAUUUUUCAAGAAAAUUUGAAAGCAAUGAAAUACGUUCGCAAUCAUGUUAAAUGAAUUAGAUGGUUGAUAGCCUUCACUGUACAUUCAAACAUUCAGAUACUUCUGAUGAAGUACGUAAAAUCCAAGUGAUAAUUUUACGUCCAGUGCGUAUGAUUGAAAUAUUUAAUGAAAUAGAUCUCCAUCUCCAUAUGUGUCAUUGAGGUUCACUAAGAUAACCUUUCUUUAAUUCUACCACAGUAUAUUUUUUAUAUUAGAGAUAUUUUGUGUUCACUUCGAUUUAUAUUUUAUUCUGCUUUGAUUAUUGAGCCUUGAAGAUUAAUAGGGACGGCUCAAAUCUAUUUUUUAUUUCAUAAAUCAUUCACAAUCCAUUGCCAACUUAUCUUUGAUCUUCAAGGAUUUGACAGGAGUGAAAGUAUGAAUUUUAGGGCAAAUAUCUUUUGUUGGUUCUAGAAUAGGUUAAUAUUUGCAAUGGUUCAAAUAUAUUGGGUGUAAUCUUCUCAAUUAAUCGAAAGCAGAUCUACUAUAUUUUCAAAUUAUUUAGCGGUUCCAUUGCAAAUGUUAUUAGCUUAUGGUAAUUAGUAACAGCUAAUUAUUGAUAAAUCAAUUUAUUAUCACUAUGUUUUUUUAGUAAAUUGAUGAGGUCUAUUAAGAUAAGAUUAUUUUUUAGAAAUUAAAUUUUGGGAAAUUUGAGUCGGGUACUCAGUUAAUUGAAUUAGAGUGAUGAAGUUGAAAUUAGAACGUAUUAUUAUAAAAUCUUGGCAAUAUGAGAAAUUAGUAUUAGAAUAGCUCGAUAAAAGAAAAUAAAAAUAUCAAGUUGAGCAUUAGGUGACAUUGAUUGAGCAAUAAUAAUCAAUUAUUUGAGCAAUAAUCAUCAAUUGUUUGAGCAGUGAACGUUUAUAAUCUCAUUCUCAGUAAACUGUUACAAGUAAUUAAUUCAUGUAUUUUCUGUGUAGUAUUGCUGUAGUAUUUGUAGAUUUUAGAAGUAUAUAUUAGCUCAUUCAAACUUAUAGCCAAAUAUCUAGAAAGUGUAUAUAUUUUGUAACCUAUCUUCCAUUGUAUCAAACAAAAUAAUAAGCUCAUUAUAAAUUGUGGCCAAAUAUCGAAAUAAAUAUCUUGUAACCUAUAUUCCACUGUAUUAAACAAAAUGGUUAUAAUCGAAAUAUUUGUGCCUUAUGGAGCUGUGAUAUAGGUAGUAUUUAUAAUAAUCCAUUCCACGUUUAUGUAUCCUCACUAGAUUAGAAAGCUGAUACAUUAUCUUACAUUUAACCUCUGUCAAGUUUAUACUAGAUUAGAAAGCUCGCAUUUGAUCAUGAUUGAUACAGUAUCUUACAUUUUAGUAUCUCAACAGUUACAUUCUUUAUCAAUUUCAUUUAUAUCAACUUACAUUACUAGGAUUUCAGUAAAGGAAAUGGUAGCAUUUUCCCAGUAACAGUAGCUCAUAUUGUAUUCUCAUUUUGUAAUUUACUACUGUAUUUGAUUCAAAUGAUAAUUAUGUGCCAUAGCUUUCUGUACUGUUCAAUCAAAUAUUUUUCUAUAAAUAUACAUGCUUACGUAAAUUUGA